AGAGCACUUACACUGCAUGAACACAAAAACCAUUUACAUACCGUUGUGGUCAAGACACAUUAACCAUGCGUCAGAUUUCUAUUGGUUGUCUCCGAAAGACAUUUGUGAUGGCUCCCACAAGGAAUACGUACACCCGCACAAAAGCCCUCCACAAAUUUUAACUGGUCACGGAAAGAUGGGGAAAAAAAAGUUGCAACCCUUUUUGAAAAUAUAAAUAAAUAAGUUUGGCGUCCCAUGGUAUAAAUACAGGCACUUACCCUAUCAACUUCCACGACCCCGAACUUCAUUCCUAUGAACCACCACCUUAAUCUACCCUUUUAAUACUUAGGAUCUUCCUCUUCAUCUCCCUCUAAUGGCAGCGUUCAAACCCAAGCUCUGUCUUCUUAUAUCUCUCUUCUGUCUGGGGGAUGUAGCUUAUUCAACUCUAUUCACGCUCCAAAACCAUUGCAGCCAUACCGUUUGGCCCGGAACUUUAUCAGGAAGCGGCUCUCCGUCUCUCGGUGACGGUGGUUUUAUGUUGGCCCCCGGCUCUUCGGUUCAGCUCACGGCUCAACCGGGUUGGUCUGGCAGGUUUUGGGCCCGAACCGGAUGCAACUUUGACGCCUCGGGAAAUGGUAAGUGCCUGACGGGCGAUUGCGGCUCACUAAAAUGCGCGGGUGGUGGUGCGCCACCCGUCAGCCUGGCGGAAUUUACCAUUGGGUCCGGCGUCAGUGACAAGGAUUUCUACGACGUUAGUCUAGUCGACGGUUACAAUGUGGGCAUGGGGGUCAAGGCCACCGGUGGGACAGGUGACUGUCAGUACGCCGGGUGCGUCACGGACUUGAACCGCAACUGCCCGGACGAGUUGCGGGUUGCGGAUUCGAGCUCGGGUUCGGUUGUGGCUUGUAAGAGCGCGUGCGCGGCUUUCAAUGCGCCGGAGUUUUGUUGCACUGGGGACCACGCGACUCCGCAGACAUGCUCGCCGACUCAGUACUCGGAGAUUUUCAAGAAUGCGUGUCCGACGGCGUAUAGUUAUGCUUACGACGACGCGACGAGCACUUGCACAUGCUCCGGGUCGGAUUACUUGAUAACCUUUUGUCCACCCGGGUCAUCUUCCUGAUUGAUCUUAUUACGUCAUCAUUCUAUUCUUUUUUUCUUUUUCUUUUUUUCAUUUAAAGAAAAUAAAUAAGCGGGUAGGUUUGAUAAUUGAUACGUGGAACAAACGGUUAUUUAUAUAUUAAAUAGAAAUUCGGUUACUUCAUGAUA